GAGCCCCGGACGCCCAUAUCCGGGUUCCCUCAGCCGCCGCCGCCUCGCUCUCUCAGCCCUGUCAGGAGUGGUGUGAUUCCCGAUCAAGAUGGCGGCCGUGGGGCGAGUCGGCUCGUUCGGUUCAUCCCCGCCCGGGUUAGCUUCGACUUACGCCAGCGGGCCCCUGGCCAACGAGCUGGCGUCGGGCAGCGGCGGCCCCGCGGCGGGCGACGACGAGGACGGACAGAACCUUUGGUCCUGCAUCCUCAGCGAGGUCUCCACGCGCUCGCGCUCCAAGCUCCCGACCGGGAAGAACGUGCUGCUGCUGGGUGAAGAUGGAGCUGGAAAAACAAGCUUAAUAAGAAAACUUCAGGGAAUAGAGGAGUACAAGAAAGGAAGAGGACUGGAGUAUUUGUACUUAAGUGUACAUGAUGAAGACAGGGAUGAUCAAACAAGAUGUAAUGUGUGGAUCUUGGAUGGAGACCUGUAUCACAAAGGGCUACUCAAGUUCUCCCUGGAUGCCCUUUCUUUGAAGGACACUCUGGUUAUACUGGCUGUAGAUAUGUCAAAGCCUUGGACUGCUUUGGAUUCCUUACAGAAAUGGGCAAGCGUGGUGAGAGAACACGUUGACAAGCUGAAAAUACCCCCUGAAGAGAUGAAAGAAAUGGAGCAGAAAUUGAUUAGAGACUUCCAAGAGUACGUGGAGCCAGGAGAAGACUUCCCGGCUUCCCCUCAGCGAAGAGCCACAGCCGCACAGGAGGACAGAGAUGACAGUGUUGUCCUCCCCCUGGGUGCAGACACACUCACACACAACCUGGGCCUCCCGGUGCUCGUCGUCUGCACGAAGUGUGAUGCCAUUAGUGUAUUGGAGAAAGAGCAUGACUACCGAGAUGAACACUUCGAUUUUAUCCAGUCCCACAUCCGCAAGUUCUGUUUACAGUAUGGUGCAGCGCUUAUUUACACCUCAGUAAAGGAGAACAAGAACAUAGACCUAGUUUAUAAAUACAUCGUCCAGAAGCUCUACGGGUUCCCCUACAAGAUCCCUGCGGUGGUGGUGGAAAAGGACGCGGUGUUUAUUCCAGCAGGAUGGGAUAAUGAUAAGAAAAUAGGAAUAUUACAUGAAAAUUUUCAAACCUUGAAAAUAGAAGAUAAUUUUGAAGACAUCAUAACCAAACCUCCUGUCCGAAAGUUUGUGCAUGAGAAGGAGAUCAUGGCAGAAGAUGAUCAAGUGUUUCUUAUGAAGUUACAGUCCCUUUUAGCAAAGCAACCACCAACUGCAGCUGGAAGGCCUGUGGAUGCAUCACCAAGAGUUCCUGGAGGCUCCCCUCGAACCCCAAACAGAUCUGUGUCAUCCAAUGUUGCCAGUGUGUCCCCCAUCCCUGCUGGAUCAAAAAAAAUUGAUCCGAACAUGAAAGCUGGAGCGACGAGCGAAGGAGUCCUGGCAAACUUCUUCAACAGUCUGUUGAGUAAGAAGACUGGCUCCCCUGGAGGCCCUGGGGUCGGGGGCAGUCCUGGAGGAGGCGCUACAGGCGGAAGCCCCGGCUUGCCACCCUCGGCCAAAAAGUCAGGCCAGAAGCCUGUGCUCUCAGACGUUCAUGCAGAGCUAGACAGAAUCACACGGAAACCUGCUUCUGUUUCUCCUACAACACCUACAUCUCCUACGGAAGGAGAAGCCUCCUGAAGAUACCAAACAAAGCCAUUUGUUCAUUCUUCUGGGGAAAGCAGCUCGCCUCUGUCUGCCUUUUCCUUCCAAGUUGGAAUUAGGGGGCUGGGAGCUUAUACAGACAGACAAAGUUUAUGUCCCUUUUUUUUUUCCCUGUGGCUGCCCAUUUUUAAAAGAGGAGCUACACAGAAGAAAGACAAUUUUACAUUAUGUAGAAUAACUGUUUGCAUUGCCAUUCUGCAUAAGGAAGUAAUUUUGGAUUUUGAAAAAACUGUCAGACUGUAUAAGACUGCAAUAGAACCAGGUGAUCCUGUGUUCUAGGCAGUAUAAGCCUAGAAAAUAAUGCUCCGUACAGGAGCAUUUAGGGAAGGGCAGUUGAUUAACUCAGAAGUCUAAACUUGUGUUAGGUAAGACUAUUGAAAUCCUUUUUAAAAUCCCAUGUUUUUCUGAAGAACACUGAUGAGUCGUCUGAUUUCACACCAACCAGAGUGUAAUCACACCUGAGGCACAGUCGUCUCACUCCGUGAUGCUGUACAUUACCACCAGAAGGACUAGAACCAUUGGCCAAGAUGCUCCUCUGAUCAAGAAAGCAAGCACACCUGAGUGUGAGAGAUGUCGAAGUUAUGAACAUGUAAAGAGAACCGGCUUUGCAGUUGUCUAUACAUACAUAUAUAUAUGUAUAUGUAUAUAUAUAUGGCUCUGCCUUAAUAUACUCCUUUUUUGUUCGUGACUUUCAACUGUAAUCAGUUAAUAAAGUAUUUAUUCUCUGCAUUCAGGGUCAAAUAAUGU